AUGGAAUCGUCAGAAAGCAAGAAAUCCGCUCGUUUCAUCUCACAGCCGGCGCUUCGCAAGAAUCUCCUCAUAAAUCAACAUUCCAUGACAAUGACGACGGGCCUCGCCGGUGCCACCGCCGGCAUUAUCGGACUAACAGGACUUAGUGGUUUCGCGUUUUUCUUCGUAGCUGGAUUCGUUCUUAUCGCCUUGUUGCAAAUGAAAGCUGGUUUCAACUGGGAGAAGUUCUUUCCAAGCUAUAAAGUGCUCAUGGGCGGCUGGGUAACCGCAUUCAAGACUUACAUUCUCUUCUGGACGUUUCUCUACGGAAUGAUUCACAUCUACUGA